CAACAUUGACGGUCACACGUGGGUCAGUAAAUGAUUCGCAAGUAUGACUGGAUAUUUGUUAAGUGAAAAAUUAUUAUUCAUAUUCUAAAAAUUUAAAUAACGAAAAUGAAUAAAUGAAAAUUUCUUGAAUAUAAAAGAAUGUGGCCUCUCUCUUUGAACAGAAUCUGUACAUAUAAAUUUAAGAACAAUUUUAUACAGAAGUCAAAAAUCCUAUACAAAUGUUUAUCCUGGAAUUCUUUAAUUCUUUGGAAUAAAUUGAUGUCUACAUCAGAUUCAGAAAUAAUUAUGAACGUGUUUGACCGAGAAGCAAAGAGACUUCAGAGAAACAGAGCAGCUAUGGCUAAAGAUGUCGAAGUAUACGAUUAUUUAAAAGAAGAGAUUGGUUAUAGGAUUUCAGAUAGAGUUUUUGAUAUUAAAAGAAAAUUUGACGUAGCUGUCGAUUUAGGAUGCGGAAGAGGAUUUAUAGGGCCGCAUUUGAAUAAGGAUGUUAUCAAUUGUCUCAUACAAUUUGAUCUAUCAGACAAAUAUGUUGAACAAAGCAAAAUUUGUGAAGAAGUUAAAACAUUUAAAUUAAUUGCGGAUGUAGAAAUGUUAUCAUUUGGCAAUAACACAAUUGAUAUAUUUCUAAGUAGUUUAAGUUUACAUUGGGUGAACGAUUUGCCUGGAACAUUUCAUCAGAUUAAUUUUGCUUUAAAAAACGAUGGUGUUUUCGUUGCGUCUAUGUUUGGAGGCGACACGUUAUUUGAACUCAGAUGUUCCUUGCAACAAGCAGAAACUGAAAUCGAAGGUGGAUUUGCACCUCAUAUUUCACCAUUUACAGAUGUAAGAGAUUUAGGAAAUCUUUUAAAUAGAGCAGGAUUUACCAUGUUGACCAUAGAUAUUUUUAACUAUACAAUUAAUUAUUAUUCAUAACUUAACAUUUGAGAAUUAUACUAUUUAGGAAUGGCAGAAAACAAUUGUCUUUGGGCAAGAAAAGUUCAUCUACACAGAGCUACAAUCGAAAGAGCAAAACAGAUAUAUAACGAAAUGUACGGAAACGAGGACGGAACAAUACCCGCCACGUUUCAGAUUCUUUACAUGAUCGGUUGGAAACCACACGAAUCACAGGCUAAGCCGGCGAGAAGAGGUUCGGGAACGUUUUCUUUCAAGGAUUUGCAUAAAUUGGAAACCGUUGUCAAAAAAUCGGGCGAUAUUGACUUCCCUUCCAAAGAAUCUUAACGUAGAUAAAAUUGUAAAAAAUGUUUAUGUAGAUUAAUUUAAAACAAUCGCUAGUGUUUUUAACCACAGAAGAUGGGGAAGAAAUCCAGAUAGCAAAAUUGUAACACAAGCUCAAUUAGAUAUUAAAAUUAUGUAAAAUAGAAAUGACCAAGAAUGUGGACGACAUGAUAGAAUGCUUUGAUUUUACGUGUCAUUCAUCGCAUUCGUCUAAUGUACAAAUCAGAAAUUACAAGAAUUGUAGCAGAAGAGAUAGUUGUAUAUAAUAAAAAUUGCAAUCCCAUUUUGUAUCAUACGAAUUGUGGCUAAGAAAAUCGUAAAUAAUUGCCUUUAAAGACUUUCAAACCCAGAAUCCACAUAGUGAUAUGAUUUUUUUUAAAGUUGAUUUAAAGUAGCAUUCACAUUUGUAGACUGUCUCAGAAUGUUUUGCCCUCUGUAAUCCCAAGAGAUCUAAUAUUUCGAAAAGUAUAUUAUUUAAACUAGGCAUGACAAUAAUUUAUAUAUGGAAUUUCAUAUAUUUUAUUGUUCUUGCACCUCCCUGUAGCAUAUAAAUGCUACAGGGAGGUGCAAUAACAAUAAAACAUAAUCAUCAUUUGAAAGAAAAAGUGUAGAAAUUAGUCAAGUUGUAUUUGUUUAGCAACACUUAAUUGAUGCAAGCAUGGUAUAUAAAUGAUUUACUCGUUUCAAAGUUGGCAGUUUUUCUCUGGAAGAUGUGGAGCACUACGGAAGACCAUCUGUUAUUAAUAACGAUCAGAUAAAGACACUAGUCGACGAUAACCCGUGUUACAAUACUUGAGAGAUUGCUGAAAUCCUAAAAAUAUCAAAUAGCACCAUCUGUGAACAUUUAAAAUGUCUUGAUUCUGUCAGUUGCUACAAUGUUUGGGUAUCACAUGACUUAACAGAAAAGCAUUUGAUGGAUCAUCUUGAUAUGCAACUUGCUCUUAAAAUGUAAUGAAAAUGAGCUGUUUUUGGAGUGGAUAAUUACAGGGGAUUAAAAGUGGAUUCUACAUGAAAAAGAUCUUAGUGGAGGCUCAUCUCACUUUCUCUAUCUACUCCAAAAGCUGGAUUACUUCCAAAGAAAGUUAUGCUGUGUAUUUGGUGGAAGUGAAACAGGAUUGCUUAAUUUGUGAACUUCUAGCAAACAAUUAAACACUUAAUUCAGAUAAAUACUGCUCCCGGUUAGAUGAAUUAAAUGAAGAAAUUAAACAAAAAUGCUUGCAAUUUAUCAACAUUUGACAAGAAAGGUGUCAUUUUUUCAACCUAGACUGCAUUUGUCAACGAGCUGGCAAAAGUUAUUUGAACUUGGAUGAAAGGUUUCACCCCACUCACCCUAUUCACUGGACUUAGCACCCUCUAAUUACCAUUUGUUUCAGCCUUUGCAAAACGUUUUUAAUAGGAAAAAAUUAAGUACACUAAGA